AUGGAGGAAGCUCAAAAACUUCUCGAUGAAGGAGCCGACCCUAAAAUUAGAAAUAGAAUAGGUGUGACAGCUCUUCAUAUUGCUGCUCGGGAAGGUCACAAGGAUGUCGCCGAACUUCUUAUCAAAGAAGGAGCCAAUGUUAAUAUCCAAAAUAAUUUCAAUGCGACAGCUCUUCAUCAUGCUGCUGACAAUGGUCACAAGGAUGUCGCCGAACUUCUAAUCAGUAAAGGAGCCAAUGUUAAUAUCCAAAAAAGUUUCGGUACGACAGCUCUUCAUUAUGCUACUGAGAAUGGUUACAAGGAUGUCGCCGAACUUCUAAUCAAAAAAGGAGCCAAUGAAGUCGGUUUUAUCUUUUUCGUCAAUCCAAAUUAUUUUCCAGGUCACAAGGAUGUCGCCGAACUUCUAAUCAAAAAAGGAGCCAAUGUUAAUAUCCAAAAUAAUUUCAAUGCGACAGCUCUUCAUCAUGCUGCUGAGAAUGGUCACAAGGAUGUCGCCGAACUUCUAAUCAAAAAAGGAGCCAAUGUUAAUAUCCAAAGUCACAAGAAUGUUACUGAACUUCUCAUCAGAAAUGGAGCUAGAGAUGAUAUUAGAGAUGAUUUGGGUUGGACACCUAUUGAAUUAGCUAUUCGCGGUGGUCACACUGAAGUCGCUAAUUAUCUCAUUGGUAAAGGAAACAAUAUUAAUAUUGCAGA